UAUGAUGUCUUUCUGAUCUGUGACUGGGAUUAAAACGUAAUGAUCAUUUGUUGAGCGUGAUAAUAAUUAAUUAUUCCAUGUAUAUAUAUAAUUAUAUAUAUAUAUAUUUAUUUCAAAUAGAACCAAUAUCCUGGGAUCAUAAAAAAUCAGAGAAUGCAAUUGAAUAUAACUCAAAUUUAAUAUUUAUUCAUUGAAUUUGUCCUUGAGCUGAAGUUGGAAUAAAUAAUUAUAAAAGAAAUACUAAACUCAUGAAUAAAAUGGAUAGAGAAGAUGGUGAAAUGAGUGAUGAUGAAAUGCUCGUCGAUGAUGUAAAAGAACUCGUACCUGAUAAUGAUGUUAAUUGUACUACGUUGUACAGAGCAGGAAAGCAGGGUAUCUUUAUACAAAAACUGGAAAAAAUUGAUGCUUCAAAGAUAGAAGAAAGAGCAAAUAGAUUUGGCUUAAAUUUAACUGGAAAUAGAGUAGUAACUCAAAGACAAAUUGAUGAACUUUAUAUAAAUUGUGGCAUUGAAGGUGGAAAUGAAAGACAUUUUCGUUUUGAUGCUAUCCAUUUACAUGGAGUUAAUGGAUUGAGUACUAGAGAAAUAUUUGAAUAUUUAGAGGAUUAUAAACCAGUGUCUCUGGAGUGGUUAGAUGAUCUCUCUUGUAAUAUUGUUUUUCAAGACCAUAUCACAGCAGCAUUGGCAAUAUUGGUACAUUCCCGUGAAAUCAAAAGUGAAGAAAUAAAAACUAUGCUUUCUGAAAAAUCCAAUCAUCAUUGGAGGGAAGGUAUGCCUCAUCCAAAAAAUGAUUUAAUAUUAAUGCGGUUUGCAACUAAUGGAGAUAAAAAAAUUACCAAAAAGCAAUUAGAAAAUAAAUAUAAAAAUAGAAAUCAUGAUCCUCAUAACGUGGAUUGUAGUAGCAAAAAUCCUUGGGGAGAUCUAUGCAAAUCAUGGGGUGUUUAUGACCACCAAGAAGUUUUUCAAAGAAAACUGCCAAAGAAUGAUUACGAAGAUGAAAUAGAUGAGAAUAAUAAAGUAGUGCAAAUAAAAAAUAAAAAACUAGCUAUGCGCCUUGGUAAAAGAACAUAUGAAAGUGAGGACAGUAACUCAGAUUCAGAGUGGAAGAAGAAAUCCAAAACACCCAGAAUGAGAAUGCAUGCUGAUGAUGAAGAAACAAAGCAAAAGAGCAAGCAACCUGUUCAGUUGUCAAGGCAGGAAUCAGAAGAAAAAGAAUCUUAUGCUCCUUUGUCUAUAGAAGUGAUUAAUUCUCAUAGUAGUUACAUACCAAGGGAACCAACAAAAUUAUCUGAUAAAUUUAGGAGCAAUAAGAAUAAUGUGAAUUUACAAAAAGAUAGCAUUCAAUCUAGAUUAGGCGUAAAAGUAAAUUCUCAAGAUCACCUUGAUUAUAGUGAUGAGACUUCUUCAGAUAGUGCUGAUUAUAACAUCAUGAGUAGAGUUCAAAAAGUAUCUAGUAAAAGUAAGAAUGAAGGUAGUGUGUGGUCUAGAUUAGAAACUAAGCAAAGUAAAAGCUCUAAAAAUGACUUGAGGCAAAUUUUAAAAUCACGGAAACAUGACGAUCUUAGAGACAGAAUUGGUAAAAUGAAGCAGUCUAAUCUACGUAUUGAGAUAGACAAUACUUAUUCUAAAUAAUAAUUUCUCAGAUACUCAAUCUUCUUAUUUUAUAAGUAGAAAAUACUUGCAUAAAAAUAAUAAUAUGCAAAUUUAAAGGAAGAGGGAAAUAUGAUAUUUUCAUCACUGAGUUGAAUCAAGUAUAUACAGUGGCUUUGUUUAUAAUUAUAUACAUAAUGACAUCAAAUGGAGGUACUAAACACAGAAUUCUGAACAUAAUCUUAGAAAAUGUAUCUAGCAGUAAAAUAGACUAAUUUAUAUUUUUUGCAGUUUUCGUAGUUGUGUUCAGUAUUGUGUUGACAGUUCAUGUAAAAGGUUACUUACUUAAAAUCAUGUAUAUUUUAGCCUAUCGGAUAUAAAUCAAAGAACUUUCUUUUUUGGGUAUUCAAUAAUUUCAACACAGUAUUAUUGAGAACAUAAAAAGCAACAUUAAAUACAAUGUAAUGUAUGUAAUGAAUACACAUUACAUAUUAUUUAAUUUCUUUUAUGUAUAAA